AGUGUCCUGUGUUGUGUUACGCACGCGGGUGGAUCGGUGUUGUAAAUCUUAGCGCCGUAUUUAUGGAAUUUCGCCGGUUGUAGCUGUCAUAGAAGUUUUCGUAGGCGCACAAAUGUCAGCUCCUUCGAAGGGGCCCCAUCAACAUGCUUGGGCACUUCUAGCCCUUCAGAAAUCUGCUCCUGCCUCCCCAUCGGUUGUUCCGUGGUCUCCAGAUAGCAAGGGCAGCACUGCCAUUGCAAGAUUAGAAGGAAAAGAAUUUGAAUACAUGAUUCGACAGAGUCGUGUCGUUAUCGGCCGAAAUUCUAGUAAAGGCGAUGUGGAUGUAAAUAUGGGACAUAACAGUUUUAUAUCUCGAAAGCAUAUUGAGAUUUAUUUUGACACACCUUACUUUUACAUGCAAUGCAAUGGAAAGAAUGGAGUCUUUGUUGAUGGUGUAUUCCAAAGAAAAGGAGCACCACCUUUCCUCCUCCCUAGACAAUGCACCAUGAGAUUCCCCAGCACCAACAUCAAGAUUCAAUUUCAGUCUCUAGUUGAUGAGUUUGAUCCACCACCUGCUCGGCUUGCAUCCCCUCCGAAGCGUAAGCUACAGCCGCUGCGCAUCUCCAUACCAGAACAAGAUGAUGCUAACCUCACGUCUCCAUUCCCCUCUCCCACUGGAACUAUAAGCGCCGCGAACUCUUGUCCGACGUCGCCGCGUUCGUACCAUGGCAGCAGCGGCAUCAGCCACGUCAGCGGAGCAGCCCUGGGACGACGCUUAGGCUUACAACCUCCAGCACCUACACCUGCUGCAGGCGCGGUGAUGCUAUCGGCAAGCGGCAUUGAGGGCUCCUCGAGUGCGGACGGCACUAAGCAGCAGUUCACUGUCCGACAUGGCGGACCACCCGCGGCUGUGGCUGCUCUCAGAAACACGGAAAUUAAAAUGACCCUAGCACCGGGCGAGGAAUACGUAACCCUGAACUCCGGCAUGGCGGGGGACGGCGGCAGCGCGACUAUCCUUGCGUCUGGGGGACCGGCGACAUUGAUGGUUGCCAGCUCCUCCAUUAAGAACGCGCCGGAGACCUACAUCGACGCCUCUGGUAUCAUCUUUGACUCAUCACCAGCAGCAAUGACGGCUCAAUACGCCGAUGAUGGCGUGACAGGCUCAGGUAUUGUGUUGGACGCCUCAGAGAGCGGUGGUCUUGGUGGAUCCCACAACGGCAUUCACGCUUCCAGCAGUGCCAGCGGAGGCCUUCUGUCGGUCGGUGCAGAGGAAAGCGGUUACUUCACAUCGCCACAUCCUCCUGAUCAGCCUAAUAGCCCACCUGGAGCUAAGGAUGACUCGAAGCCUCCGUACUCAUACGCCCAGCUGAUUGUCCAGGCCAUAUCUUCAGCUUUGGACAAGCAGCUCACACUCAGCGGCAUAUAUUCCUACAUCACUAAGAACUAUCCUUACUACCGUACUGCUGAUAAAGGCUGGCAGAAUUCUAUCCGUCACAACUUAUCGCUGAACCGAUACUUCGUGAAAGUCCCGCGCUCUCAAGAGGAGCCAGGAAAGGGCAGCUUCUGGCGCAUUGAUCCGCCCAGCGAAGUGAAGCUCGUAGACCAGGCCUUUAAACGGCGCCGGCAACGUGGCGUGCCUAUUUUCAAGGCUCCAUUUUCUCACAUAUCUGCUAGUCGCUCAGCACCAACUUCUCCCUCUCAUGUUGGGAUGAGUGGAUUGGUGACUCCCGACUCCCUCUCUCGAGAGGGCUCCCCCUCUCCAUCAGAGCACUACUCUCACGACUCCCACCACUACCAGGGAGACUCUCACUCUUACCAAGCCGAGUCGCAUCAUUUCACUUCCGAAAACACGUCCACUUCGUCAUCCGGGGUUCAUUUCUCCGACUCUUCGAACUCGUCACUGUAUCACGAGGGCGGCACCGCUACGCUCCACUACCGCGACGAUGACUUAGGCGAUGCGCAUUGUGACGUCAUCGCUGCUGCGUCUCCUGUGCGCCACAUCACUUCUCAAGGAGGCAAAUAUAUACUCGCCACGACCAGUGGAGCUAACAACGUUGGGACUGUCGUUAAAACCAUUGAGGGGUGCAGCAUCGUAGACGGCGGUGUCGUGAAGACCGUAGGUGGGAUCAUCGAGGGCGGCGUGGUCAAAACCUUGGGCGGCCUCAUGGACACGUCAACCGGCAUCGUGAAGACCGUGGGUGGCAUCACUGAUGCCGGUUGUGCUGGAGGUAUGGUCAGGACUAUUAGCGGGAUGACUAAAGUGGAUACCAGCGGCGGGCAACAAGUUGUUAUCCAGCAGACGACUUCUGACCAGACACCAACCCAAGUUCUCCUGCCGUCUGGGUUGAGCAAGUAUGGGAGCUACGUUUCCGUCAAUGGUGAGAUGAGGAGAGUGAUAAGCGCGAACACCAUUGGAAGUAGCAACAGCGGUACCGUCAACAACAGCAGUGGUGCUGUCAACAGCAACGGCAACAGCUGCAAGCCUCAAAAACCUGUCAUGCUCGGGAUUGUCUCGUGUGGCCAACCUCAACAAGGGACGCCAUCACACAUGGUCUACGCUACGGCUAUCAGCUCCAAUAACGGCAUCAACAGUAACAGCAGUAAUAACGGCACGGUAACAGUCGUGACUCACCAACAGCAGGAGACAACUUUCAAGCCUCCUUUCAUGCAGACGAAACAGAUGCAAAUUUCUGAAGAUAAUGAAGCUCGAGGAACUCUCACUUCCACAGUUGAGCCGGUGCUUAAGAAGCCUCGCUGUGAUGUUCCUUAACGUCCGUUGCUGCUCAUUAACUCAAUAUUGCUUCUCAGGAUAUCGCUCUUUUGGGGCAAGAAUCAAACAAUAUUCAUGCACCAUCAUGGAUUUUUCCUGUGCAUAUACACUUAUGAAAAAUAUGCUUUAUAUAUUGGGUGUUUUGCUGCGUUCCACUCGAAACUAUAGUCCAGGAAAUUCGUAACUAUAGUCCAGGGCCAAGGAAUGGCGUGAGCAAAAAUACUCUCCUCUGAUAAAAUAUCAUCUUCAAAUACCUCUCUCAACCUCAUUGUUGAGCAACUAGUUAUAUUUGUUUAUCGACCAUAGCAAAAAUUUUUAAUUUGAAUGAUGAUAUUCAUCUUCGUGCCACCCGACAACUAAACUUUUUAAUUUAAAUGGUGAUAUUUUUCUGCAUUAAGUUUUUUAGCUUCCGUUACCUUCAUUGUUAUUCCUUGGUUACUCCUGACAUCUCAGUCUUCACCCAGUACAAUAAUAAUCCCUAUGCUCAACUUAUAUUUACAAAAUUUAUGCAUCGCCCGGAAACGGGUAAAUUCUUCAGGGUAAUUUUGACUCGUUUGAUUCUUGCCCCAUCGUGACAGCGUGUUUGUAUUUGAUGUAAAUACCACCACAUACUUCUUGAAACCUUCCCGUACCCAUUAAUUAUAUAAUUUGUGCGUUUACUAGCCUUUUUAGGGGAGGAAAGAGAAAUUCAACUUAGAUUAAUUUCUAUAGUAUAUGUACUCCUCCGAUAUAACGUUGCCGUUGCUAGUUGAGUAAUAACGCUUGUAGCUUUAGCAUAUCUAGCAAACGCCGCCAAUGAGCGGAGUUUAGAACUUAUGAACUUCUCUGAGUCUUUUUUAAUCGUUACCAGGGAGUGGAAGAAUAGAAACGUUAAGAUGCCGAUCAGCAUGAACCUGGAUAGUUCACUAUCAUCAUAGAUGGAAUUAUGAAUUCAUAACUUUCAUCAGUUUUGUCCGUGGUUGCAGCACGCUUCUAAUAAGGGCAGGAGCUUUGAAAAAUAAUCAAUAAAGGUACAAACAAACUUAUUGGCAUAUUAAUUUAAACGAACUGAUGCAUUUAGGGUUAAAGUGUUCUUUCAGUACUCUUUAAUUUUGUUUCUUGCCUCAAAAAAACGCUGAAAACCUUUAUUUCAUUUCGUUUUUCUGCUCGUAAGUUCUCAAAAUUUUACAUUUCCAUACAAAUAGCGUUCAAUUUACACUCAUUGAACACUUUUAAAAACUCGAAUCUAGGAAAAUUUGAACUCAUAUUCCAAAAACUUUGUUAUUUUUCGCUGCUCAUGAACACACUGCGAAUAUUAAAAUUAUAUUCCUGCGCUUCUUUGUUACUGGAGAAAUCAGGAGGCUUCCAUCUGCCAAGUCAAUAACGCAUGCUUUAAUAUCAACGUAGAUUCUUGCUGCAAUCAAAUCUUGCUCUGUAAUUAAAAUUUAUAAAUAAAUCAGUUGUUACCGUCUAUUUCAUGACAAUCAAUGUUUAAUUUGAAGCGUCUCGACACGUUAAUGUGAUGUUCUAAGUUGAACUUGAGCACUAUGUUAUUCAUAAUCAACUCGAGCUUAGGCUUGUUCGCCGCACGAUUGCCGAAAGUAACAAGCAUACUCUGAAAAAAAUGUAUGUCUCUAUGUAAAGAGAACCCGCAGGACCGAACGUUGUUGAUGUGGUCUGUACAUAUUGUGUGCAAUAUGCCCUGCUUUUCCAGCCUCAUGUGCAUUGGGUGAAUGCUGUAUGAGCGUGUGAUGUUUUUGUCGGUAGAAACAAUCCCUUUAUACUUUCAAUCUUACCAAGUGUGAGAGUUGGAGCGGUUCUAGUGCUUCAUGACGUUUAAUACAUUUUUUUACUUACUAGAAGUACGAUACCAAGCAGCGUAUAAAUUAUGGAAUGCAAGAUUUCAGCUCACCUUUCUAUUUAAAGUCAGUGCUAUUCAAAGAUUGGUUUCUAGAUCUCAAUAGAAAGAAAGCGUAUCCAUUACAAAACGUACUCUAGUAUCGGUCAAAAGCGUUGUUUGUAGUUUUAUAUUAUAUUUUCUAUAUGCCUCGCUUAUGCUGCGGGCAUUGUUUGCUUCUUUUUGUACUAAUAUUCGUACCUUUAUUUUUUGACUUUCUGUUCACAACGUUAUUGUUUGGUGUAAUUUAUUUCAAAUUUAAAGAUGAUUUGACUUUACGAAGCUUUUUUUUGUCUUGAAGGCAUCACUGUACAAAUUUCUUUAGAACCUUACAUUAUAUUCUGAGGUUCAUUAGUCAUUCUGCAUGUUCAUUGAAUUUGUUGCGUUUAUUUGUUUGUUAUUGUUUAGAUAACCGCUAAGAUCGCGUCGGUUUAGCCUUAGUUUUAAUCAUAGUUAUUUCAUGGAAAUAUUGUACAUAGCUGCUGAUUUAUGUUUAUUCCUUACCUCGCCACGCUAACCAGCUGCUGUUUUUUUCAAUUUUCUUUGACUUGUCAUUUUACUUUUUUUAUGAUAUACUGUCGUUGAGUGUCAAGCAACAUAGACUGUAAAAAGUUAAUUGAGUAUCUGGAUGUAGAUUUCGCACUUUGAAAUCAACACAUCGGCUCUGAAAUCAACACGAACAACCCGUUGUUAAUUGUGUUUUUGAUGUUGCUGAAAGUGAUGGCGAAUUCAGAGAAAUUGCUUCAGCUUGUGCAGCGUGCGUUAGGAUAUCCCUAAAAAUUAAAUUAUAAAAUGCAGAACUUGGUUCGAAAUUAUUUAUUGCUCCUAUUUCUUCAUAAUUUAUUAAAGUGUCACUGGUAAGUUAGAUCAUCUGAAAAGUUAUGGUUUCUUGUGUUUGUAAUUAUUCAAUUGUUUAUGACGACGCGGCUUCUGAAUUUGUUUGGGAUUAAUAAUUGUACAUUUUUACGUUACAUGUCUAAGGUAGUUAGUUUGCUUGCUUUGCGCUCCUUGUGUGUUUCAUCAUUAUUAUUAUUAUUUUUCUUUAUAACAUGUGAACGCACUUCCUUUUGACGGAAAAAAGGGGACUGUCGUACUCCUGCCCACUGUACGGCUUUAUGACCAUGAAAAAUUAAUAUCCAUGUAGGCACAAGGUGUGAAUUUUAUUAGUCCUGUUCCGUUCAACACGACUUGCAUGUCAUAGUACUGUCAUUAGUCAGGGCCUACCACCCCCAAGGCUUCUUCCCUCCCGCCCAGAUCUUUAGUUGUAUAUUUCCUACAUCUUUCCUACCAUGACUAACGAAACAAUUAGUUCCACGAAUUAUCUGGGUAUGAUAAUUUAAGGGAUAAAAAUGUAUACGUGUGAAAUCCUUUACGUUGUGUGGACUGCGAUCAGACGAACUCUCGUCUCUUCUGUCUCGCACUACUGACACUGCCGCAACAACUUGCCACGAAGUAGAGUUUCAUCAAGCAACUUAAUUGGCAUUAGUUUCUGGUCAAAUGAUAAUGGGGUAGAUUGGUUGUCAAGAAUCUCAUUGCUCCAAAAAAAUGUUUUUAUGAUUUUUGGCAAUAUUUUAUACACCGAAAUUCUCUACACCACUCAGAAACGACGGUUAUGCUGCAGAAACGUUAGUGGAGAGACGUCCUUCUUCAUGGCCCUCAAACCUGACGAUAACAAUUUUCUCGACGAAAUAACUCUCUGAUGUCCUUAAUGUUGGUUCUGUUUCUAUUUUCCAUGCUUGUUCAUUUUUCACUGACCUAGUGUGAGAAGUCAGUUUAACAUUUUGCUGGCAUAAACGAUGAAAUUUAUUUGUGAUGACGAGUUUCUGGUCAUCAAAUGUGCAAUAGUUGACCCAAAAAUGUUUGGCCCGAAAAAAUAGUGACGCGAAUGUCAAAUGUGCUGCAGUUUGGCAUCAUGUUGCCAUGCUCACAAAUUUCCUAUGGAUUGAUCAUGUUUAUAGUGUGCAAGCGAGCAAAGAAGCAAGUGAGCAUCAAAUUUGUAAUUUUUAUUUUAUUCAAUUUUUAAGUAUAACAUGAUCGGUAGAUAAUUAGUAAUCGAUCGUUCAGUGAAGGAAGCUCUGUUCAGACUUGAACAAACUGUAUAAAGAGGAGUGUGAUGUCAUCGUUUUUUUUAUAGCCUCUUCAUUUUCAGACAACCUGCUUUGUGUACAUGUGUUCAAAUAUUG